AUUCAUUUGGUGCACGCAGUGAAGAUGAUAUUCUUGGUCUGUGUUGCUUUCUUAUUACUGAACUGUUUGUUAAGCUGUUUUGCAACCCAUGGUUCUACCUCGAAUGCACUGGCUGAUGUAAAUUCAACACUAUUAGAAUACAUGAAAGCAUACUAUCAAACCCAAGCGAUGCAUUAUCAUCUUUUUCGAGAAAGGGCUAUUAAGAAUAUUACUUACGAUAUUAAACUGCUGUUAACAGAAAGCCAUAGACUGGAUCAUUUAUAUCAACUGAAAUGGAUUAAUGAACUAAUAUCUUCACCUGUUUUCCAGGCGAACGAGGUGAUUGACGAAAACACUAAGAGACGAUAUGCAAAUGAUUACGAAAUGGAGAAACGCCUGAAUGAAUCUUCUCCUCUGGACAUAGAAAGGAAAAAACUUAUUGAGAAAUAUGAAAAGAAAUGGAAAGCCAGAGCAAGCUUGGAUGCUGCUGAAGAUGCUCACCUGUCUAGAUCAUCGGCUACGUGUUUGAAGAAGGAAGUCAAUAUAACAGUGAAAGUGAAAUUGAUGACGGGGGAGAAACAAAUUCGAGAACUGAAAAAGGCUGCCGAUAAGAGGCUUUAUGAAAUAGCUAAAGCAUACAAGCAAUUCAUGUUGAAUGAUGAUGAUACACGUAAGCAGCAUAUAAUGAUAGAAGAUUUAUUAAUAUUGGAUACUUUAUCGGCCGAAAUGAAGUACGGCGGUGAAAUAGAUGCACUUGUCAACAAAACAGUCGAGGUGGAGCGUCAACGACUUCAUUAUUUAAAAUUACUUUGUCCAGGGGAAAGAGUCAAAGUCCUAAUAGACUCAGUGACUGCGGAGUCUUAAACACCAACAAAGUACGUUCUUUCUAUAUAAUUUUUUUCAUGGUGAAAUGCAUUCAUUCAUUUACUUAUUCAUCGCGCAAUUGAUUAAUGAACAUUUAAUGACAUUAACUGCAUAUCCAUCACCUGAAAACAGAGUGAAAUAUUCUGCAUGAAGUUGCAGUGAAUGCACUGGAUAUGUUGGAAAGAUAAUGAAGUGUUUCAGUUAACAUUUACUCAACAACUUUUUAGAUGGAAUGAGGUCUAAACUUCAACUUGAUUUUGAGUGUUUUCUGAAAAACACAUUUGUAUGGUUGCAUCGUGUGACUGUCAUCUGUCUAACUCCCUACAAUACAUCGACAUUCUGAAUGACAUGAGAAUGGCAUUUGUAUCUGUCUGUACACAGACAUUGUUUGUACAUACCAAGAAAUUCAUUCGUCUGUUGAAAACAUUUUGAUGUACAAUUCAAGCCUACAGCCUACAUCAUUCAACGUUGUCUUCCGGGGAUUACCGUUGUAGUCGAUUGGUUCGGCUGUAAGAGCUCAAUCAAGCGUCCACGUCAUUCAGCAAACUGUAGCGUGCUCUCUCCAACAAGCUAGCUAGAUAGCUAGAUAAACAGCUAAGUAGACAUCACCACCGAAAAUGAAAACAAAUUUUCAUCUCUCUACAGUGAAGGUAGAAACAGAGAAUGAACGAACUUCUUUCAUACAACAACGUCUGGUUUCAAUUCAUGAACGGAGGCAUUUAGC